AAGGAACGAGAGCUGGAGAGGAGUGUGAAGAUGGCCCAGGAGGGCCGUCCAGUCGAGUGCUCGUCCCUUGGGCCAGUUCCCCACCGCCCCUCCUUCGAGCAGGGCAGUGCUGUAGCCACUGUUCCCCCAUACCUGGGCCCUGACACCCCGGCUCUGCGCACCUUGAGUGAAUACGCACGGCCCCAUGUCAUGUCCCCCAGCAACCGCAACCACCCCUUCUACGUGCCGCUGGGGGCAGUCGACCCAGGCUUGCUGGGGUACAACGUGCCGGCCAUCUACAGCAGCGAUCCAGCGACGCGGGAGCGAGAGCUGAGGGAACGGGAAGCCCGCGAACGAGACCUGAGGGACCGGGACCUGCGUGAACGUCUCAAGCCUGGCUUUGAAGUCAAACCAGCUGAGUUGGAGCAGCUCCAUGCUGUGCCGGCUGCUGCCAUGGAUCCGUUCCCACGCCACGGCGGGCUGAGUCUGCAAACAGCCCCUGGCCUUCAUCCUGCUUUUCCCUUCCACCCAGGGCUGGGCCACUUGGAGCGGGAGAGGCUGGCGCUGGCAGCUGGCCCCACCCUUCGUCCCGACAUGUCCUAUGCUGAGCGGUUGGCGGCUGAACGCCAGCACGCCGAGCGGGUGGCUGCUCUCAGCAAUGACCCUCUGGCCCGGCUGCAGAUGCUCAAUGUGACGCCUCAUCAUCAUCAGCAUUCCCACAUCCACUCCCACCUCCAUCUCCACCAGCAGGAUGCCAUACAUGCAGCCUCAGCCUCUGUUCACCCUCUUAUUGACCCACUUGCCUCGGGAUCACACCUCACCCGGAUACCAUACCCAGCUGGAACCAUCCCCAACCCUCUCCUGCCUCACCCUCUUCAUGAGAAUGAAGUGCUUCGCCACCAGCUUUUUGCUGCACCCUACAGGGACCUGCCGGGCUCUCUCUCCGCGCCCAUGUCAGCGGCACACCAGCUGCAGGCCAUGCACGCGCAGUCGGCUGAGCUGCAGCGCCUGGCCCUGGAGCAGCAGCAGUGGCUUCACGCCCAUCACCCCCUGCAUGGCGUGCCGCUCCCGACGCAGGAGGAUUACUACAGCCACCUGAAGAAGGAAAGUGACAAACCCCUUUAAAUGGACUUCUGCUGUCAACAUGACAUCAUCAUGUCUUUCUCUUAAGAGGAACAAUCAAUCAACCAAAUCCUGAUGAAGGGGAAGCUGCAAAGUGACACAUCCUGAUCCCAUCAUGCUGUAAGAGUACAAGAGAAGACGGACAAAAAGUACAGGGUGGCAUCCUGGGAACAGAAAGUGGAGGAGAGAAAAUGGGGAGGGACUGAAACACCACUAACGGACAUGAAACAAUCCGUACGUGAUUUCAGCUGAGCUCUGAAGAAAAGAGAAUCAGCAUUGCACAGAGCUCAGAAAGACAAAGACUGACAUGAAUUCAGGGUGGCAGCAGCUCCAUCCUUUAUUUUGGGAUAACACUUGCAUUAAAUAAAAAGUGCAGAGCAUUGCAGGACUUCAUGUACAGGAUGGUGCUGCCUUUUCUACUUCUGUGAGGAGGAGAUGCAGCCAAGAAGUAACUCCAAACCCAACAGAGCCUUUUUUCAAGAUGCCUCCUCAACACCCCACCCCCCUUUAAGUGUAAGAUACUGCUUAGCGAUACAGAAGAGCAACGUGGAACUUUUUCAGAUUAGCCAGAGCAGCUUCCCAUUCUCCAACAUCCCUUCAGAUGCAUACAGCAUUACAGGACCCCUUCCUAAGUGGCCGCUCCUGCCUACGGAGGGUCUGGUCCCAGCCAUCAGGGUGCAAAGCACCGCAAGACUGUUUGCUGGAUAGUGGCUAUGCUUUCCUGUGGCUGAUGGGAAUGGGCACGGCCACGAGGUGCAAAGCACCAGGAGACUGUUUUCAAGACUGCGAUCACCACCGUGACCCCUCUGAGCCCCACGGGGAGAGAUGACGUGGCUGAGCAGUGACACUGAGUCCUGGGACUGUAAGAGGGCGGCUGCCCCUUUCCCCUCACCCAUCCUAAUUGAUGUACUUUAACUCAUGCACAUCCUAUUAGACGUGGCAGUUUUAUGUAGCAA